AUGCGACUUUUUUUUAGUUCUUAUCUUUUAUCGAAAUAUUUCACAAGGCAAAAGAAUCUUGUUGUCAAUACAAUGGCAAAAGCCCGUGUUAAAUAUACAUCGGAUAGUCGAGUUGUACAAACACCUAUUACAUACAAUAUCCUAUUAGCUGGUGAAACAGGAACAGGAAAAAGUGCAGUGAUAAAUAUGAUAUUUGAUGAAGAUCGUGUAGAAACUUCCUCAGGUGCUAUUGGCUGCACUAGAGAUUGUAAUUCAGUUCGUGGUACACUCAAAGAAUAUCCUCAUAUGAAUUUAAGAAUGGUUGACACAGUUGGUCUUGGUGAAAGUUUAGAGGGUGAAGUACCAAAUGAACAGGCAAUGAAUAUAUUUCAAAAUAAAAUAGAUAGUUUAUAUUCCAAAGAUGGUAUUCAUUUAAUUCUAUAUUGUAUUAGAAAAGGUAGACAAUUAACGCCAACUAUUGAACAUUAUCAAACAAUUGUUCAUGAUUUAUGUGAAAAACAAGUCCCAUGUUUAUUAGUUAUCACUCGCUGUGAAGGAGAUUCUCCUACUGGUCGAUGGUGGAAAGAAAAUGAAGUUUAUUUACGAAAAAAUUUAAAAUUUGAUGUUGAUGAUGCUGUAGCUGUUACAGCCGUUAAAACUGAUGCAUCAUUAUCCGAGUAUAACGAAUCGAGAAGACAAUUAAUAGAAGCUAUUAGACAAUAUGCAUUAAAAGAACCUUGGCGUUCGAAAAAUUUGAAAGAGAAAUUAUUAUCGUUAUAUCACAGUAAAGUACAUAGGCCAUCAAUUAAACGACAGGGAACAUCUGAUCCAUUAUGGAAACAAUUACAAGAGCCAAUGAAUACCCAAUCGUUAACUCGAUCAUUAUGGUCAUGGUUUUCUUCUACUUCUCGUGCAGUGUCAUGCGAUGAAGAUCAAAAUGAAAAAAACUAA